AGAUCGCGGUUGUUUGUUUGUAAUUUGUUGCAAUGGGGAGCAUUUUGCUUUCGGUAAUGACGCGGCGUGGACGUUCUUGCAAUAAAAUAAAUUUUUAAGCAUUUUUUCUUUCAUACCUGUGGUAAAAUAUUUUUUCCGGCACUUUGAUGCAAGGACUUGAAAUGGAAAAAGUGUCUAGUGUUCUAGAAAAUGCUGAUCCAUUUAAAACGUGGUGGCCAGCGGUUAUAGCCGUUAUAGUUGGAAUUGUUGUAACUGUACGCACAAUAAUGGGCGGUCAGCGUUGUCCUAAUGACACUAAUAUAAAGGACAACAUUGUCAUUAUUACAGGUGGUAGCAGUGGCAUAGGUUAUGAAAUUGCUAAGGUAUUAGCAGCUCGUGGAGGACGGAUUAUACUAGCUUGUCGAAACAUGGAAACUGCAGAUAAGGCAGCAGCCAUUAUUAAAAGAGAGCUUCAGUGCGUUGCUCUACCUAAUGUAAAGGACAAUUUAAAUGAGAGCAAUUCAAAGGAUAAAUUCUAUGUAGAAGCGCGAUAUUUAGAUUUACGAUCCUUUGACAGUGUUUGUCGAUUUGCUCGCAAGAUUUUGGCCGAAUUCGAACGUGUUGACAUAUUAAUAAAUAAUGCUGGAAUAAUUUUUGAUAAGACGCACACUAAAACUGUCGACGGAUUUGAACAACAUCUUCAGGUUAAUUAUCUGUCACAUUUUCUCCUAACACAUCUUCUGAUGCCUCAUUUACAAAAGUCCUCCAUGGGUCGCGUGAUCAAUGUAUCUGCUCACGCUCAUGCCUCAGCAAAAAUGGAUUUUACAGAUCCCCUGAAUUUAGCUAUCCAUGCAGAUAAAUUUCAUGUACGCGAUGCUUUUGCCCAUUCGAAGCUUGCAGUACUAUUAUCAACGCGUUAUUUAGCCAAAGCAUUAAAGGGAACGUCUGUAACUGUUAAUUGUUGUACGCCAGGAUUGGUACGCGGUACAUCUCAUUUAAGAAACUCCCCGCUCAUGGCCGCUUUUUGUAUUAAAGUGAUGACUUUACCGUGGAUGUGGCUAUUUAUGAAAAAUCCUUUUGAAGGAGCACAAUGCGCGGUGCAUUUAGCAACGGAGCAGCAAUUGAGAAAUAUUUCAGGCGAAUAUUUUAACGAUUGCAAUAUUGCAGUGUCUUCUGAACUUGGUCAAAAUGACGAGUUAGCUGAGCAACUAUACGCGCAGACAUUAACGGCUCUUAAGAAAAAAACCAAAUCGGACUUUUAUUUAAAACAAAAGCAAAUAUAGUUAUGUAAAAGUUUGUUCAAAAUAAUAGACUAAUUGAGUGGCUGCUUUUAUACCCAACCUAUGCUGGCCUUACACUUCGGCUUUUAACAUCCAAAAAUAUAUGUAUCAAACACCCCAAAAUAUAUAUGUACAUAAAUAAAAU